AUGGCAUCUUCCCCUUCAAAAAGCUUAGCCGUUGAUUCGUCGAGCAAAGAAGCUCUUAUAGAAUUAGACCGGUGGAUUGAGCAGUUGUACGAAUGUAAACAGUUGACAGAACCACAGGCAAAAGAGAUUGUGCAAAAAGAGUCGAAUGUGCAGGAAGUUAAAUGCCCUGUAACGGUAUGUGGGGAUGUCCAUGGCCAGUUCCAUGAUCUGCUAGAAUUGUUUAAAAUGGGUGGUAAAGCCCCGGACACGAAUUAUCUUUUCAUGGGAGACUAUGUUGAUAGAGGGUACCAUUCAGUGGAGACUGUCACUUUGUUAGUGAGGUAUAAGGAACGUGUGACCAUUCUUCGGGGUAAUCAUGAAUCUAGGCAAAUUACCCAGGUCUACGGUUUUUAUGAUGAAUGUCUUCGUAAAUAUGGCAAUUCGAACGUGUGGAAAUAUUUCACUGAUCUUUUUGAUUAUCUGCCUUUAACUGCUCUCAUCGAGGGACAGAUUUUCUGCCUUCAUGGUGGACUGUCACCUUCUAUUGACAGCCUGGAUCAUAUUCGGUCACUUGAUCGAAUACAAGAGGUUCCUCAUGAAGGACCAAUGUGUGAUUUACUCUGGUCGGAUCCUGACGACAGGGGCGGCUGGGGAAUAUCACCGCGUGGCGCAGGCUACACAUUUGGACAAGAUAUAUCAGAGACAUUUAACCAUUCUAACGGUUUAACGCUUAUUUCAAGAGCGCAUCAAUUGGUCAUGGAGGGCUACAAUUGGAGUCACGACCGUAAUGUUGUCACUGUUUUUUCCGCGCCAAAUUACUGCUACCGUUGUGCAAACCAAGCGGCGAUGGUUGAAUUAGAUGAUGAGUUAACUUAUUCAUUUUUGCAGUUUGAUCCUGCGCCAAGAUGCAAAGAACCUAACACUGUUCGCCAAACUCCUGACUACUUCCUUUAG